AUGGCUAAUGCGAAUCAGACUCUGCCUGCAUUCCUCCUUCUGGGAUUCUCUGACCUCAAGGCCCUGCAGGGCCCCCUGUUCUGGGCGGUGCUUCUGGUCUACCUGGUCACCUUGCUGGGCAACUCCCUGAUCAUCCUCCUCACACAGGUCAGCCCCGUCCUGCGCUCACCCAUGUACUUCUUCCUGUGCCACCUCUCCAUGGUGGAGGUCCUCUACACCACCGACAUCGUGCCCAGGACCCUGGCUGACCUGGCCUCCCCGCACCCCCGGGCCAUCUCCUUCUGGGGCUGUGCAGCCCAGAUGUACAACUUCAUUGUCCUGGGCAUCUCAGAGUGCUGCCUGCUCACAGCCAUGGCCUAUGACCGCUACGUCGCCAUCUGCCGGCCCCUGCACUACUCCACCCUCAUGAGCCAGCAGGCCUGCGCGGCCAUGGUGGGCAUCUCCUGGCUCGUGGGCAUCAUCACGGCCACCACGCACUCUUCCCUCAUCUUCACCCUGCCUUUCCCCAGCCGGCCAACCAUCCCACACUUCCUCUGCGACAUCCUGCCAGUACUGAGGUUGGCAAGUGCUGGGAAGCACAGGAGUGAGAUCUCUGUGAUGACAGCCACCGUGGUCUUCAUCAUGGUCCCCUUCUCUCUGAUUGUCACCUCUUAUGUCUGCAUCCUGGGUGCCAUCCUGGCAAUGGGUUCCACCCAGAGCCACCGCAAGGUCUUCUCCACCUGUUCCUCCCACCUGCUCACGGUCUCCCUCUUCUUUGGAACGGCCAGCAUCACUUACAUCUGGCCCCGGGAAGGCUCCUCUGUCACCACGGACCGCAUCCUCAGCCUCUUCUGCACAAUCAUCACACCCGUGCUCAACCCCAUCAUCUACACCCUUCGCAACAAGGAGGUGACAAGGGCCCUGUGGCACAUGGUGAAGAGGCAAGUCCCCUCACCCUGA